AUGCUUGCGUCCAGGAAGCGCUCGACGCCGCUACUGCUGGCCCUCACCCUCAUCUUCAUCGUCACCUGGUACCACAGCAGAGAUGUGGAUCGCACGCACGAGCAAAGGGCGUCGUCGGUGAUACCAGCGAACAGGACGUUAGGGUUCGGUGCCGUCGUCGUCGUCUCCAGAGAUGGCUCUGAACGGCGCCACUCGCUUGUGCAGGCCGCAAACGUUACCGACUUCGACCUCACCAUCCCGAAGCAGCCAGUCUGGACCGAAGGCCAUGUGCAGCGCUUCAUCAAUGGACAAGACGAUGUUCAGAAAGGCUCGAUAUUGGCGUGGUUGGGACAUCACAACGCCUUGCGCUGGUUCCUCAACUCUGGCGCCGAGACCGCACUCAUACUAGAAGACGACGUCGACUGGGACAUUCGCCUGCGCAGUAUUCAGAUUCCCCUCGCAGCGAGUGCUGCACGCCAGCUCCUGCCGCCUCCUGCACGCCCACGUUCACACCACCCCUUUGCCAGCUUUCGCAGCCACCAGACUCAGUACUGGGGCGACCAUGAUGCCUGGGAUGUUGUCUACUUGGGCCAUUGCGGCGACUAUUUCGAUGAAGUCACUGAAGACGGGCCAAUGACGGAACACCAAUCCUACAACUUGAGUGCCAUACCGCAUAUCCUUUAUCGAGACCCUACACUUCCCGACAGAUCGGACCUGCACCCAUUCACACAAAGCUUGUUUGGUAUGCUGAGGAUGCCGCAAAAGUCACGAGCUUUGCACCGCUCCAAGUUUCCACUUUGUUCUUUUGGCUACGCGAUUACACGCCCAGCCGCCGAGCGCCUACUGAGCGAACUCGCACCGCCGCAGUACAAAGUGAAUGGCCCACGAGCUUUUGAUGUCGCCCUUCUUCACGCGUGUAACAACGGCUCCAACACACCCUCUCCCACGCCACCAUGGAAGGAUCCCAGGCUGCAUCCAGACCCAGCAUUGCGACGGAAGUAUCCGAGCCCCGGACUUCGCUGCUGGACACUCAACUCAGAACUAUUCCACCAUAUGCCUGGACACAGCCUCGUUGAUGAAAUAGGCGAGAGCUCGGGAGAAGAGCCCGGAAUCCCUCCAGUUGAUUUGGCAGCUCAGGCACAAGUGGUAAUCCGCAACGAGACCACGAAUAUCAAUUGCGGGUUCUGGAACGGUGCCUUUGCUUUCCAGAAGGACAACAUGACGCAGCUUCAUUACCUCCAGGAGCACGUAGGACGACAAGGGCAGUGCCUGAAAGAGGGCAGAAAACUGCCACGCGAUUCAAUUCAACAGCUCAUAGACUGA